AUGUCUCCAAAGACCAGAGUAGAGAAAAAUAAACUAUGCUACAUGCUUGCACUGUGCAGGUCUAUCAGCCUCAGUCAACCUCAAGACCCAUACACCCCAAUUUCAGUGCAUCAGACUAAACUGUCCAAUGCCAUGUUGGAAAAAGUCAUUGGACUGGCUUUUCCCAAAUUUUAUCAGGGCAUUCUGCCCAAUGCCAUGUUGGACAAGUGA